AUUUCAAGUUGUCCUAGUCCACUCAAGGAUCUCAAACACUGCGGAACAUUUCGGAAAUAUAACCCAAAUCAACGUUGAAACAUGGCCAAAACGGUGGCACAAAGCUAUGAUAAAACCAUACUUUUCAUAAAAAUAUCUUCGGCCGUUUGUGGCGCGAAUGUUUUGAAUCCUGCCUACAGGAUGAAUAUCCUUACCUGGAUUGUUAUUGUGUGUAUAAAUUUGUAUUAUGUCUUUACUGGCUAUACGCUCUAUGUGAAUAUCUAUGUAGAAAAGGAUUGGCCGAAUGUAUUGCAAGUCCUGUGCUAUUUGGGUAGUGCGGUGCAGGGUUACUGCAAACUCCUCAAUGCCAUCCACAACAAGGAGUCUCUGCGAUUUUUGGAUCAGGAGUUACGUGAAAUCUAUCUCGAAUACGAUCAAAAGCAUGCCGAUUAUCGCUAUUGUCUCAAGACGACCAUUGAUCGGGCGAAUAAAUUCAUUAAAUUUAUGAUAAUUUUUCAAAUUUUAAUAUCGGGUAGUCUGAUUGGUGUGGCACCAUUCUAUCGCCUGGUAUUCAAUCAGCGGAUUUUCGUAAUGCAAUUUCUGCUGCCCGGUGUAGAUCCAUCGACGGAAUAUGGUUAUUUCGUCAUGAACUGUAUGCACUGUAUUUGCAUAAUAUUCGGAUCGUUUGGGAAUUUCGCGGCGGAUUUGUUCUUUUUCGUCGUUGUCAGUCAUGUGCCAAUGUUUAAGGAUAUUUUGACGUGUAAAUUUCAUGAUUUAAAUGAUCUUCUGGAGGAGGAGGUUGCAGAUAAUGAGAAUAAUAAUAAUAAUAAUCGUAUUAAAGAUGUGAGGGAGGAUUUUCGAUCUUUGCUUAUAGAUAUUUUUAAGUGGCAUCAACGGUAUUUGAGAUUCAUCGCCAUUGUAAAGGAGAAUUAUUUUUGGGUUCUUUUGGUGGAAAUGGGCACAGUGGCCCUUAGCUUGGCCUCAACUCUGUUCUGCUUAAUUUUGGGAACUUGGCCGGGAGGCCAAUCGUACUUGGCAUAUUGCUUUAUAAUGUUGUACAUCUAUUGUGGUCUGGGAACGGUGGUUGAAGUGACUAACGAUGGCUUUAUUGAUUCCUGUUACACUGAGAUCAUUUGGUACAAGCUGCCCGUUUCGCAGAGGAAAAUGUUACGAAUGAUGCUGAUGAUGGCCCAGAAUACAGACGGCCUAACAAUUGGCUCUGUUAUUCCCCUCUCCAUGAAUACGGGUCUACAGCUGACCAAAACUAUUUACACCAUGACAAUGAUGUUGAUUAAUUUUCUUGAGUGAAUGGCACUGUGCAAGUUUUUAAAACCACCUGAGAUGGAUAGCUUGCACCUUUAGUAGUAUGCACCCGGUAGCUGUAUUUAUCAAAAGAAAUCCAUGCCUUGAGACGUCUAUGGAUAAUUUACUAAUCACUUAAUAAAAUAAUAUAAAAAAGGGAACAAUCACAAAAAUACAGGUAGCCCUAAGACACCUAAUAAAAAUUCCCUGAGAUCGCUUUCAGCUCUUCUA